GUGCAGAGAGUCGGCUCUGGUAAAGUGCAGUUGGCUCUGGUGAAUGGAAGUGCAGAGAGCCGGCUUUGGAAGCUGCAGCCAGCUCUUCGGGCAAAAAUUUGAACACCGUUGUUUGGUGCGCGUAGAGAAAAGACGCAAAGCCGGCUCUGGCUUUGCAACCGGCUGUGAGGGUGCAUUUAAUGCACAACGGGCAUUUAAUGACCCCCAACGGCUAGAAACGACUAUUUUCGAGCAAGGGGCUAUAAAUAUGGUUGGUAACAGAUGUGAAGAAGUUUAGAGAGCAUUGUAUUGAAUAUCUUUACCUACCUACAUGAACUUUAACUUGAGUUUUUGAUCUUUGAGAGAUCUUUGUUUGUAAUCCUCUUCUUGUGCUAUUAGUGAGUGAUCUUGGGGAUGUGUUGAUUCCUUCAAGAGUGAUCUGUAGAGAGGAUCUUUGGGAUUUAAGUGUAAAGGGGUGAGAUUUGAGAGAAACCCUUCUUCUUGUAAAAGAUUGAGUGGCUCCUUUAAGCCACCAUUGUUUUUCCUAGUGGAGAGUGUGGAGGAAAUCCUUGGUGAGUGAAGUCAAGGUAGAGGACUAGGCUCCAAGUGGUUGGACUGAACCUCUAUAAAAUCAUUGUGCAAGCUCUUCUUCUCAACUCUCUCUUUAAUUUUUGUUUGGUGGUUGCAAAGAGGCGAAAAUUCUCCAACUCCAAUUCACCCACCCCUCUUGGAGUGCAUUGAGUCAACAGUAAUGGAACUUAUAAACUUCAGCCAAAUAAAAUCCAGUCUUGUCC